ACGUCAACAGCAUGUGUCAUUCAAAAACUAUCGAUAUUAUGAAAUAGAAAAAUUGCAAUAGAUAAAAUACCUUCGACUCAGUGAAGUGAUCCACGCCCGUAUUAAAAUAAAGAAAUGGAUUAUCGUUCUCCCUUAGAAAAUAUAAUAAGCAUAUUUGGAACGUUACCCCAAGGACAUGAUAAACCAGUAAAACAUGCUGUAUACAAUGCAUUGGCGAUAUUUUUAUUAGUACUCGGAUGUGCGGCAGGAUGGGCUCUCUAUUUAAUCUUAGAACCUUUUAUAAAACCUCUGAUGUGGGCUUUACUGGUCGGAUCAGUUCUACAUCCAUUAAAAUACAAACUUGCACAAAGAUGUCGAGCUUGGUUUGCGGCUUUGGAAGAGUCAAAUACCCCUGUAAUUUUUGGAAUAUUACUGGUACCAGUUAAGGUUACGGAUAAGUUAUCAGAAGUAUUGGGGAAUAAAUUGUUAAAGCAUCUAAAGUUUAUUCUUACGAUUGUGAUCAGUGUACCAACAGUGCAUAUAAUUUAUUAUUACACACCUUUGAUUCUAGUCAAUUUUAUAUGCAGUGUUAUUUAUAAUGGAAGUUGGUUUAUCUCGUUUUUGAUUGAUAAUUCUAAUACAACUUUGGUUCUUUUGUUGGUAAUAUGUUAUGCAUCGGCGGUAAUUGUAUUAUGGAAACCAGAAAACAAUUUUAAAUUCCAUAUGGCGUCUGUUAUUUUUUGGUUAAUUGUGUCUUGUUAUUUGGCUAAUUUAUGUGGUUCAUUCAAAGUACCUGUUUUUGUUGUCCUUCAAGUCAUUUCGUUUGGUGGAUUAAUAAUGGAAUUACAAAACAUCCAAUAUGAACUGAUGAUGAGUGAAAGUGGAUUAACAUUGGGGGAAUAUUUGCGGCUUUAUUUUGAAAAUAAAAAGUUUGAGAUUUAUGGAAGGACACCAGAAAUUGAAAUUGAAAGAGAUAUUAGUGAAAAUACUCAUCUUGAUUCGGGUGAUAAUGAACAAAUAAGUGAUAAAAAAAAUGCCAAAAGUGAUGAUGAGCAAUCAUCAAAAUCAACAACGGAUCCUUGGACGUUAGAACUGUUUCAAUCGUCCAACGAUUCCAAAGAAAAACGAACCGGUAUUUUAAUAACCGACAAAGGAAAUAUUCACGUCAUCAAACAACCGGAAAAUACCUUCAGUACAACUACACUUUUAGCUCCAAAAGUUAAACGGUCCUUAUCACAGCCGUCCGUUUCAACAACAGCUCAAAGGCCAAGUCCACGUUACAAUGUUUUAAACUGGAAACGCACCAACAGUUUGUUACAAAUCGAUAAUCUUGAGGAAUCCAACAGCGAUUUUUAUUUGUACUCUGUAAUGUGGGCUUGUGCCUCAAUUUUCUUUUGGAGGAACUUGAUGUUGUUACCAAUACUUCCAAUUCCUAUAUUAAUUUAUACAGUGAAACACGUUGGGAAUUACUUGGGAGUAUGGAAAUGGAUUUAUAAUUAUUGGUUGAUAUUUGCGGACGUUUUUUGUUGGUGGUUUAAAGAGAGAUAUGACGCAUUGGUACCGUUUCACUUACGGGGAUUGUGGAAAUGCACUUAUAGCAUUAAUCAAAGUUUGAAGCAAGGUAUCAAGGAGAGCAUCGACACUGUAUCCAGUUGUGUUGUUAUAAUUGGGCUUAUUGUGUUCGUCACAUGCGCUUCAAUUUUUAUAGCAGUGCAGAUUUAUGCUGAAGGUAUUAUGCUGGUUCAGAUGACCAGUAAUGUGAUAAAUCAAACUGUUGUCCAUAAUCCAGAAUUAAGACAGCUGCUACCUCCCACUUUUGAUGAUACGGUUGAUUCUCUUUUGGAUAAUGCUUAUCAAUAUGGACGAGAAGGAAUAUCAAAAUUGGUAAAAAGUAUGAUGAGUGAUGUAGAUCCACACAAAUCAGAAAAAUUCGAAAAGCAAGUCUUGGAAUUAUGGGAUAGAGUGUAUCAGUCAUGGAUGACUAGCGAUGAUGCCCAUGGUCCUAAAGUGUCUUCAGAAGCAGUUCAACAUAGUUGGGAUAACUUUGUUAAAGAUAUCAAAAAAUCUCCAGAAUUAUUUAAUGUCAAUGGAAUAAUGGCAUUUUUAAAACAAAACAUUGGAACAUUGUUAUCGUUGUUGGAAUCUGUUUGGGGAAUCGUAAAAGGAAAUAUGGGGUUGUUAAUUGGAUCAUUUAGCGCUUUAAUGUCCAUUUUAUUAGGUGGAAGUACGGCGGUUUUAAAUUUUGGUUUAAAUACUGUGAUUUUCUUAACCACAUUGUUUUAUUUAUUAAGUUCAUCUGGUUACCUUUAUAAACCGGUUGAGUUAAUGUCGAAUUUUUCAUCAAGCAGCAGUCGGUUUGGAUUAGCCUUUGGAGUUGCCAUAAACGGUGUUUUUACAGCUUCUUUUAAAAUGGUAGCGUUUUAUGGAAUGUGGACCUGGUUUAUUCACAGUUUGUUUGGGGUAAAAAUCGUAUAUGUUCCAACAGUUUUAGCAGCUGUUUUAGCUGCUGCUCCAUUCUUAGGAACGUAUUGGGCUUGUAUUCCUGCUGUUCUCGAUUUAUGGCUUGCGCAAGGAUCACCAAUAUGUGCUAUUUUAAUAGCAAUUUUUCAAUUUUUACCAACAUCAAUAGUUGAUACAACUAUUUAUGGAGAAAUAAAGGGAGGUGGACAUCCUUAUUUAACAGGAUUGGCGAUAGCGGGUGGAAUAUUUUGUCUAGGUUUAGAAGGAGCAAUAAUAGGGCCUUUAAUAUUGUGCGGUUUGUAUGUAGCGAUCGAUCUGUCAUCGAAUCUUUUUAAAGACUCCCCCUCAGAGGAAUCUACUAACUUACAACAUCUCUCGAGGUUUGAGCUUCGAAAGUUUUAAAAAAUGCGCUUUGAAUGUCUACUAACCUCACUUUAACAAUAAGUUUAAUUAUUAUUUUUAUAUAUUUUUACACGCACAUUUUUUUUGUUAGCAAAAAUUGUA